AUGAAAAUGGCCCCGCAGAAUGCCGACCCAGAAUCUAUGCAAGUUCAAGAGUUACCUGUGCCCCUGCCGGACCUGCAGAAACCUGGAGACGCGGCAGCUGAGAAUCGUGAUGAGACCCUCAGUGAGGGCUCCAUAGACCGGAUCCCCACACGCCUGUGGGUGAUGCACGGGGCAGUGAUGUUUGGCAGGGAGUUCUGUUACGCCAUGGAAACGGCUUUGGUCACACCAAUACUGUUGCAGAUUGGCCUUCCGGAGCAGUACUACAGCCUCACCUGGUUCCUGAGCCCCGUCCUUGGCCUCAUCUGCACGCCUCUCAUUGGGUCUGCAAGUGACCGGUGCACUCUGAGCUGGGGCCGCCGGCGACCUUUCAUCCUCGCCCUGUGUGUGGGUGUUCUCUUCGGUGUUGCACUUUUCCUUAACGGCUCUGCCAUCGGUUUGGCCCUCGGCGAUGUCCCCGGCCGGCAGCCCAUCGGCAUUGUCCUCACAGUGCUGGGGGUGGUGGUCCUGGAUUUCAGCGCCGAUGCGACCGAGGGGCCCAUCCGUGCCUAUCUGCUGGACGUGGUGGACAGCGAGGAGCAGGACAUGGCCCUCAACAUCCACGCCUUCUCUGCCGGCCUGGGCGGGGCCGUGGGCUACGUGCUGGGCGGGCUGGACUGGACGCAGACCUUCCUGGGCGACUGGUUCAGGACGCAGAACCAGGUGCUCUUCUUCUUUGCCGCCAUCGUGUUCACGGUGUCUGUGGCCCUGCACCUCUUCAGCAUCGAGGAGGAGCAGUACAACCCACAGCAGGAGCGCAGCGCCGAGGAGGAUGCCCUGCCCGCCAAGCUGGGCUGCGCCCACCCCGCCACCACCCGCCUCGGCGCCCUGGACGGGGGCGAGCAGUACGGCGCCGUGCCCACGUUCCCCGAUGAGGUGCAGUCGGAGCACGAGCUGCCCCUGGACUAUCUCGACGUGGACAUCGUGCGGAGCAAGAGCGACUCUGUGCUGCACAUGCCGGACGCCACACUGGACAUGGAGCCCGAGCUGCUCUUCCUGCACGACAUCGAGCCCUCCAUCUUCCACGACGCCUCCUACCCCGCCACUCCAUGCAGCACCAGCCAGGAGCUGGCCAAGGCCAAGCUGCCCCGCCUGGCCACAUUCCUCAGGGAAGCUGCCAAGGAGGAUGAGACCUUGCUUGAUAAUCACUUGAACGAAGCUAAAGUCCCAAACGGAAGUGGCUCCCCCCCAAAAGAUGUCCUCAGCGGCUACAGCAGAGUGGACAUGAAGGCCUCAGCCACGUCUGGCUCCAUGAGGCGGCGGAGGCACAUGUUCCGCCGGCAAGCCUCCAGCACCUUCUCCUACUACGGCAAAAUCGCGUCCCAUUGCUACCGCUACCGGCGGGCCAACGCCGUGGUCCUGAUCAAGCCGUCCCGCAGCAUGAGCGACCUGUACGACAUGCAGAAGCGGCAGCGGCAGCGGUGCCGGCACAGGAACCAGAGCGGGGCCACCAACUCCAGCGGGGACACGGAGAGCGAGGAGGGGGAGAGCGAGACCACCGUGCGCCUGCUGUGGCUGUCCAUGCUGAAGAUGCCCAGGGAGCUGCUGCGGCUGUGCAUCUGCCACCUGCUCACCUGGUUCUCCGUCAUCGCCGAAGCCGUGUUCUACACCGACUUCAUGGGCCAGGUCAUCUUUGAAGGGGACCCCAAGGCCCCCUCCAACUCCACAGCCUGGCAUGCCUACAAUGCUGGGGUCAAGAUGGGCUGCUGGGGCCUGGUCAUUUACGCUGCUACCGGUGCUAUUUGCUCAGCCCUGCUACAGAAGUACCUGGACAACUACGACCUGAGUGUCAGGGUGAUCUACGUGCUGGGGACGCUGGGCUUCUCCGUCGGCACGGCUGUGAUGGCCAUGUUCCCCAAUGUCUACAUCGCCAUGGUCACCAUCAGCACCAUGGGCGUGGUCUCCAUGAGCAUCUCCUACUGCCCUUACGCCCUGCUGGGGCACUACCAUGAGAUCAAGGAGUAUGUGCACCACAGCCCUGGGAACUCCAAGCGAGGCUUCGGCAUCGACUGCGCCAUCCUCUCCUGCCAGGUCUACAUCUCCCAGAUCCUGGUGGCGUCGGCCCUCGGGGGUGUGGUUGACGCCGUGGGGACUGUCCGUGUCAUCCCCAUGGUGGCCUCUGUGGGCUCUUUCCUGGGCUUCCUGACCGCCACGUUCCUGGUGAUCUAUCCUGAGGUGUCGGAGGAGGCCAAGGAAGAGCAGAAAGUGCUGUCCUCCCAGCCAGCCGGCGAAGGCGGGGCUGGCGGGGGCAGCGAGAAGCCCACCAUCCUGAAGCUCACGCGGAAGGAAGGCCCGCAAGGACUGGUGGAGACGGAGUCCGUGGUCUGAGCCACACUCCCAUUUACACACAUCCGUCCAGGCUGGCGGGCGGGGUGGGGGUCCGGCCGCAGGUGGGAGCAGAGGCCCUGCAGGGCAGUCCACUUCCCUGUUGCAGACGCGGCGGCACAAACCAGAGUUUCUUCCCACAGCAUAGUCAAAAUUUAGUAGGCAUAGGGUAGG